AUGGCGACGACCACAGAGGGCACGGCAUCAGCUGGUUCAAAGCCAUUUGAUAUCGUCGCAACAUACAAUGAGCUCCUACGCUCCGAUCCUGACCUCACCAUGCCCAUUGCGGCCAUUGAAGCUUUAGUGCUUCUCCUCACACACGAGCCAUCGUCCACAAUCUCCGAGACCCUUGAUUUGCUCGCAAAGUCCACAGAGCACCUGAAAAAAUCCAUUGCCAACCCCAUCGGUCUCUCCGCCGGAACUGAUCUCUUCCAACGAUACCUGAUUACCACAUUACAACGACCGGGCCAGCUAGGUCCUGCGGGAGAUUUCAAAGCCAUUCGAACACACUUGUUGUCCAACGGACGACUGUUCAUUCGCCGCGCAAAGGAGAGUCGAGAGAAGAUUGCUGCCUUCGGCCGCGGGUUCAUCCGCGAUGGCUGCACGGUGCUUACAAAUGGUGGAUCCCGAGCUGUCGCAUCUCUACUACAGAAAGUAGCCGAUGAGGAGGGCGGUCCCUCUGCGGUGCGCUUUAAUGUCAUUUACGUUUUGUCGUCGAUCAGCAAGGAUAUCGAAGGACCUUCUGGGGAACCCGAGGGAAUGGAGACAGUGCGCGCAUUGAGAGCAAAGGGUGUGCCAGUCGCAACCAUCCCAGAGUCUGCAGUCGCGUAUGCCCUUGGAAAGGCGGACAUGGUUAUUGUCGGAGCGGAAGGUGUUGUGGAGAACGGAGGUAUUGUGUCUCGCAUGGGCACCUACCAGAUUGGACUUCUCGCCAAGGCCAUCGGAAAACCGUUCUACACAGUGGCUGAGAGCCACAAGUUCGUUCGAUUGUAUCCUUUGGGCCAGUAUGAUCUGCCCAUUGAGCAGCAUGUUGUUGAUUUCAAGACCGAAGAGGACAUUGCGCAACAAAGUAAAUCGCAACUUGUCGACUCAAAUGCAGACCGCCCAGUGGAGCUGCCACUUGCGUCCUCAGUUGACUUCACCCCGCCGCAUCUGAUUUCCGCCCUGAUCACCGACAGCGGUGUUUUGACGCCUAGUGCUGUCAGUGAGGAGCUGAUCAAGAUUUGGUUCUAG